AUUCAGGCCACGCCCACCGGAUGUAGACGCAGUUUCCGCGGGAAAGCUUGGUCUCCGUAGUGGUGUGGGAGAUAAAAUAGGCUUUAUUGAUCUCACUUUGGAGAAAUUCACAUUCUGUGUGAAGCUGGCUCGUUGUUUCGUUUGUUUCUAAGGUCUAAUUCUGCCCGUCGAGGAGCGAUGGAGAAAAUAACAGAGAGGCUUUUAUUGGAGAAAGGCUCCCCGAAAACCAGCAAGCUGAAGCACAUCAAAACGCUGAAUCUGUCUAAGAUGGGGCUGGCGCUGGACGACCUCCCCGUGGCGCUGCUUUCCCGCCUGACGUCUCUGGAGCGCUGGGAUCUGUCGGGGAACAAACUGCAGGCGUUCCCUAAAGGUUUGGAGCUGCCUGCGCUGCGCUACCUGGACCUGAGCGAUAACCAGGUGGAGGACGUCACCUCCCUGGAGUCCCUGAGGGGCCUGGAGGAGCUCAAGAUGGACGACAACUUCUACAUCACCGUGAGUGACAAUUACAAGCUGUAUGUGCUGCUGCCCGGCCUGAGGAUCUACAACGGCAAAGACGUCACCACCACCGCCAACCACGUCAGAUACGUCUACAGCGACAACCUGAGGACCAGGAUGAUUGCAGUGUGGGAGAGGAGCUUCAGCCUCCCGGAGACCAUCUCUGCUGAGAAGAUGUCCUCCCUGGAGAAGAACUUUGUGAGCGCCGCUCGCCAGCAGGUUAAAUUUGGACCCAAUUCUGUGGCUGAUUUCACCAGAUGGAGGGUGGAGAUUCUGGCUAAGGAGUACCUGCGCUCUCUGAUGGAACCAAAGGAGGAAACUGAUGACAAAGAUCACUCUGAGACAAAAGAGGACGCUGAAGUAUCGACGCCUUCCAAGAGGAAACAAACCCAGUCAGCGACGGAUGCCGCCAUAAGGCUUACUCCCAGAAAAAAGCGCCGCACCGACACCCCCGAGUCGCCUGCUGAGAGCAGUCCUCGCAAAUCCCGCCUCCAGCCAAAACCGCCGACGGACACCAGAGGAGCGGCAAGGACAGAGACACCCAGGAGGAGCGCUAAGGUGCAAAGAGCCAGAGAGGAAGAACAGAAGGAAAGCGCCAGCAGAAAGGAUGCAAAAGCUGCGCAGCUGCAGAGGAAUUCAUACGUGCUGCCUAUCGUAAAGGCUUGCAUGAAAACACAGCCAGCGUCUCUGAAGCCGCUGCACGUUCUGCAGUGCCACAGUAAGCAGGACAGCUCAGAGGACUUCUCCACCCAGCUGUGGGCCUGCGCCUUCCAGCCGUGCCCAGAAUCCAACGGAGGAAGCCGCCUGGUGGCGACGUGCGGAGGAGACUCGGUGUGUGUGAUCGACUGUGAGGCCGGGAUGGUGAUGAAGAAGUACAAGGUUCCAGGAGAGGAGUUCUUCUCCCUGGCCUGGUCCACCGUGUUGAUGUCCAGAGGAGGCGGCGCGCCGUCCCAGCCCUGCAGCGUCCUCGCCGCCGGCGGGAAGAGAGGACUCGUCAAACUGAUCCAUCCCAGGAACAACGUGGCGUACGGCGAGUUCAGAGCCAGCAGGAAGUCGCUGGCGGUCCUCCGCUUCAACCACCGCCGGGGAAACUUCCUCUUCACGGGCUCCUAUGACAACAAGAUAAUCAUGUGGGAUGUCGGAGGAGUGGACAGCCAUUACAACUACAAAGUUGUUCAGCUGCUGAUGUUGGAGGCCAGCGCUACGCCUCUGCACAUCUGCCUGCCGCCGGCCUCCCCCGACACACACCUGCUGACCGCCUGCGAAGACGGCCUGCACUGCUACGACACACAGCUGGGAGGCAACGGCACAAAAAAGAGGUCAAAGGAAAUGGAAAUAACUUUCCCCAUCUAUAAGAAGGAGAGCAAACAACACAACUAUCACACAAUUGAUGGUUUGAGUUUUCUUACGGAUGACGUAGUGGCCUCCAAGAGCCACACCCACGGAUCCAUUUACCUGUGGAGCUGGAGCAGGACCCGAUCCCAGCGGCCGGACAAGAAGAACAGGUCCGUCUGCGCGGUGGUUCUGGCUGAGCUGCAGUGGGCAAGCACCGACAUUCCCUACCUGGCUCUAAACACCUGCCCAGGACGGUCCUACGUGGCGUGUGGCGACGACGAGGGCCAAAUAUGGACUUACCACAUCACCGACCUCCAGAAGAACUGUUAUCAGAGCGGGAGGCCCAUUCCGCCCACUGAGGUGCUGAAAUGGCCGACUCCAACGAGGAAGGGCCAGGGCCCGCUGGACGGUCCGUCUGUUAACUGCCUGGCGAUGGACCCAGAGCUUCACUACCUGGUCGCCCUCACCGAUAAGAACAUGGUGCUGAUAUGGAGGACGGCGGCGGCGUCCUGAGGAACGCGGACCGUGUGCUCCAUUAUAGGGUUGGAGGUGCCUGACGUUGGUGUUUCCCACAGAAACGGGUUCAGUAACUCUUCGGUUCUUCCAGACUCCUCCGGUCUAAGAUCUUAGGCCUUCCUGUUUAAUUUCUCUGGGACACAGACUUUCAGGAAGCUGCAACGCUGCCCCGUCCAGCGCAGUUACAGAUCUAGGAAUACGUGAACAACCUGCCGGCUUCUGGUUUUAUAUGCUGUUGUUAAUAUACCUGGUUUAGCCAAAUGCAAAGAAGCAACGUUUGAAUUAUAGGGAGGCAUUUUAACAGACUUUUCUUCUGGGGUUCUUCCUUGUAUGAAUGAUGGCUUUGCAGUGUUGUGUGGUUUCUAACAGGAAGAUUUCAUUUGUCUUGAUUUGCAAACGUUAAUGUGAGUCUCUAAAAAAGGUUUCUCUGUUUUUAAGUAAACUUUUAACCAUGACACCAAGCCUGCCUUUUAUGUGGGUCUGACAUGCAUUUGAAUUUCACUCGCAUGCCUUUAAAAAUCCAAACAAAGCCGAUUUUAAAGGGCUCCAGUCGAG